AUGGAGCCGCUCCCGGCCCGGCGGCACGGCCGCGUGCUGCAGGCGCAGGCCGCGGGGCCGCCCGCUCCCGAGCCGUGCGAGGAGCAGCGCCGAGCCCAGCAGGAGUGGGAGGCCGUGCAGAGCGGCCAGCCAGGGCUGCCGGCGGAGCCGCCCGGCGCCGCCGCCCUCAUCUCCUUCGAGGAAGCGCUGCGGUAUUUCCAGAGCGCGGAGCUCGCCGAGUGCCGGAAGGCGAUCCCGGCGCGGCCGCGCCGCCGGGGCCUGGCCUCCCUGCUCCACAUGCUCUUCGGCCCGCCGCGCCUCCGGGCGCCGCUGCAGGCGGAGCGGGACCUGGCGCUCGCCAUCGCCCGCUGCGCCCUGGACGACAGCGAGCGGGUGCACGUGCGGAUCCUGCAGACCAUCUACAGGAGGCUGACGCGCUCGCCGCUGGGCUGCCCGCGCUACGGCGCCCACUGGGAGGAGCUCGGCUUCCAAGGUGCCGAUCCCGGGACGGACCUGCGAGGGACGGGAAUGCUGGGCCUGCUGCAAAUGCUCCACUUCGUCACGGACCCGCGCACGCUGCCGCUGGCUCGCAAGAUCUUCAAGCUGUCGCAGCACGAAACCCAGCAUUUCCCCUUCUGCGUCGUGUCGGUGAACGUCACCCGCAUCGUCGUGCGGGCGCUGCGCGACGAGCGGCUCUCCAGGGAGUGCAACCGCCGGCGGCAGGUGCUGGCCGUGCUCAACGACGUCUACGUGGGCGCCUUCCUGCGCCUCUACGGCGCCUGGACGGCGCGGCGCGGCGCGCUGCCCGACGCGGGCGCCCUGCUCAGCGAAUUGGAGACUUUCACCAAAAAGAAGCCGAGGCAGCUGCUGAAAGCCCUGGAGAGCUACCUGAGCGGCAGCGCGGCGGCGCCCGCGGGCGCCCGCGAGGACCGGGACUUCACGGGCAUCUGCGACCUUCCCGCCGAGGCGGCGGACGCCGUCCGGCCGCUCUGAGGAGCCGCUCGCUCCCGGCGCCGGCCUCUCCGGCCGGAGGCACCCCGGGAAGGCACCGGAGAAAGGCCGGGACUGAGCUUGGAGCGGUCGCUAGAGGGUGGCCGUUCGCCGCGGGCCGGGGGUGACCUUGUUGUUCCCUCCGCUCGCCCCGCGCAAACAUCGGUGCCGCGUGACACCCCGGAGCAGCGGGAAUGACCUUUUCCAGCUGGAAAUCUCCCCGUGGAGGCGGAAGGCGGAGCAGAGCGCAGCGGGAACGCGGCCCUGGCUGCAUCCCAAGAUCUCGGCAGCCCCGACCCCGCCGGGGCGCCGCAGCCUGCGGGUGUCGUCGCGCGGUCGUCACCAAAACAAGAGGCGAAGGGAAAAACGGGGCGAAAUCC